AUGAUGCCUCCGCUAUAUGGUCAACUUGAAGCAGAGGCUUUCAUUACACAGAAAAAGCCUAAAAAACGGGCUACGUUCUAUUUGUAUUUACUGGCGCAUGAAGCGGAUUUCAAAUGCAGGAACCCAGAAAUAUUUAACGAAAUGCCGAAGUCAACGACGAUGAACUUACCGACAACUUUGAAGCCCACCACUGAGGCCGUCACGUCACCGAAUUCGACAACGACUUCGAAGCCUACUACAACAUCUACAUCCGUCUCUACCAAAGCACCAACAUCUGGUUCCCAACAUUGUCCGGAAGGAUGGAUCUACAACCAGCAAUUUUCUAAAUGUUACAGGCUCUUCCGAAAAACCGCUGAUUAUUAUGGCGCUACCAAAGCCUGUCAGAGCAUCGACGGUGAGUUGCUGACGAUUGGCAGCGCAGAGGAAAAUCAGGCGGCGUUGGAGUUCAACUUCGAUGGACAUCUGUUGGUGACCGAGUAUCCGGUAUUAAUGCUGGGCCCAAGAUUUAAGGGUGAUCCUCGACAGCUGGAAGGUACCAAGGGUGAGAAAGGUCUCUACACUCGCUUCCAUCCCGUCGAACCGAACAAUGUGGGAGGUGUGGAAAAUUGCAUAGAACUUUGGACCUACGAUGCUAAAGGCGCGCACACCGGCCUCUGGAAUGAUGUUAGCUGCGAUACCACACGGCGUAUGUUUGUUUGUGAGAGACCAUCUGGUGAUUUUCCUGUUGAAACGACGACGAAGCCGCCGAAACAGGCGACACCUGCGAAACCCUCAGACCAAAAAUGCCCUGAAGGAUGGAUCCACAUGGACGCAUUUUCAAAAUGCUACAUGCCCUUUGCCGAAGCGUCAACCUACGAAGAGGCAGCAAAGAAGUGCGGUUUGCUGAAUUCGGAAUUGUUGACGAUCGAGAGUUGGCAGGAGAACAACGCUGUGGCCGAACUUAAAGUCGAUGGCGAAUUAUUCCGAAAACAAUGGGUCAGAUUAUGGCUUGGCCCCAGGUUUCAGAAAAAUACGCGCAUGUUGCUGACACCAAAGAACGAACCGGUGCACUACACCAAUUUCUAUUCAAACAACGGCUAUGCUGAGCCGAAUAAUGUGAACGACAGCGAGGAUUGUAUCGAGUUUUGGAAACUCGACUACAAAGAGCCCUAUCUGCCAAACAGGAAUUUUACGAAGACUUGGAAUGAUGUAUCUUGCGAUGGAAAACUCGAUGCAUUCAUUUGUGAACUUCAUCUU